ACAUCUCACAGAAGGGCCUUGCCCGUGCUGCUAAGAUGCUACGUUUGAAAUUAAACAAGGGACCUUGCAACCUCAAAUCUACUACACUCUAUGAUGGCUCCAUCCUCGAGUUUGAUUCUAGGCUGCAAGACAUUGACGUCGGCACUUGCUUAGAGGUCAUUGAACACAUGGAGGAAGAUCAAGCCUGUCAAUUUGGGAAAACAGUUCUAACCUUGUUCCGCCCGAAACUUCUGAUUAUCUCCACACCAAACUACGAGUGCAACAAAAUUCUACAUAAGCGUGCUCCAGACAACUCAGAAAAGAAAUCCAUUUCACAGCCACUCCAGUUCAGGAACCAUGGACAAGGAAACAGUUUAACCAGUGGGCAACUAAGCUCGCCAAAGGCUACCACUACAGCGUCGAGUUCAGCGGUGUUGGUGGGUCUGGCAUAAUAGAUCCCGGAUUUGCUUCUCAGAUUGCUAUUUUUAGACGGAAAUCUUUGUCGGCUGUUAAAAGGAAGGACUCGGAAGGCUCGAUGCGGCCUUAUCAAGUCACUUGGGAAUGGACAAGAAGAAAUGGAGACAAAAAAGACUAAUCUUUGGUUUACAAGAGUAUCAUCAACCAGAAUAGACUUGUUUCCUUUUUCGUUUAGCUUCUUUUUGAGUUUGUCGAUUUUAUUACUGUUUGAAAUCUCCAUGUUUCUUCUGUAUCACACUCUUUGUCUUUGGUCUUUGAUGCUUAAUAUGAUAAAAAACUGUGUCAAUUACACAGAAGUCACA